GAUAGAUGAAAAGAGAGUCAGCAUUACGUUGCGACAUUGACAGUCUUUUGAGACUACAUAUGUGAGAAUAACAGCUGAGAGAAGGUUGUUGUUUUUUAAGUAGCUGCGUUGUAUUGUUAAAAAAGGAAACUGUCUGCAGAUCUUCUGGGGAAUUUCCAGUUCAUUUUAAGAUUAACCUAUGAAAUAAGAGAACCUGAGUGGAGAAAAUAAUGGAGAAGACAAAAAUAGAGAUGAGGAAGAGGAGGAAGGUUUUUAAUAUGUGCCUGCUGCUGCUGGCUCUGUUCCAAAUCACCGCACCCUCCUCAGCUGAAAACUCCAUCGCCAAUAUCCCCACCACCACCACCACCACCACCACCACUUCAGCACCGAACCCAGCAGCUCUCAGAUACCUCACACACCCAGCGGACCUCAAAGUGGCUGUGGGAGAUCCUGCAGUGUUUAGCUGUGGAGUUCCCAGAGCUUCUCCGACCUUCACCUUCACCUUCUACGGGAGUCACGGCAACUACAGCCUCACAUGCCCCUCUGGCCACGUAGAAGAUAUCCCCCAGGCUCUGUAUGGAAGUUGUGGUUCGAAGAAAGGCGAGUCAUUGGCUGUGUGGACACUCAAGGGAACCUCUUACUCAGACAACGGCACAAGAGUUGUGUGUCAGCAGCCAAACAAUCGUGCUGCACCUGCUGCUGUCCUGCAAGUUUAUGAUGACGGUCGCAGCUACUUCAUUCUCAUUGGCUGUGUCAUUGGGGGCUUCUUCGGCAUCCUGUUGGUGUUUGGUUUGUUGUACUUCAUGCUGCGGAGAUCUGAGACCCUCCAGACGUGGUUCAGGGGAAGUCAACCAGAAGAUGAUAUGAACACAAUAGUAACAAAGGAAUAGAUGAAGCCAUUGCUUUUUCAUGUACAGUAAAGGGACAUUUUUCCUAACCUUUAAGCAAUCUAAGUGUAGUGAAAGCAUGAAUUAUCCCAGGUCUGAAGAUGAUGGUGACAUUUUGGAUCUAGUUUUUCCCCUGAUAACUUCACUUUCUUGUUAUGUCCUCUUAAAUUGGACCUUGCAUGCAUUAUACACAAACACUUUAAACACACACUUUUUUUUUUUAAUAGUUAUGCCAGAUCGCUUUCCACUUGGUGCAAGGUCUGUGCACUGCCUUUACAGUACCUACCAUUUACAUCCUAUUAAAACAUUUUGUAUUGUGCUUAAAGAAUGUGUGUGUAGAGUAAAUAGUCAAACUGUAGAUAUUUGAUGAGCAGUCUUUUCUCCAUGAAUAUUUGUAUUGCACAUUAUUGUUGGAUAAAAUCCACAUUAAUAAACAAAGUAAUCUUAUCUUUCAAUUUAUCUUCCACUGAUAAAAUAGGCAGAAUAAUGAAAUAUUAAGUGUCAAAAUAAGAAACAUGAAAUAUUAAGUGUCUCUGCAUGUUAAGCAGCUUUACGCAGCAGUUUGAAAGUGUUGAGUAUACGUGAGUGAUUGUUUGUAGGCAGGCAAGGUAAAAUAAGGAACAGAGGAAUAGCUGCUCUUUGUGCUGGUACACAUUCUUUACGGCUCUAUUCCAACAAAAUAUGAAAUGUAAAAUUCUUACAGAUGAGGGUCCCAUCUGUCCAGGUUAGUCAGCUGCUCUUUCACAUACUGUCCACUUGAGGGAAGCACUCACUUUACAGAUAACAGAGAGAAAUAAAACAACUGACAUUCAUACCAAACACAAAAAACACAAUUUUCUGUUUUUGUCAGAACUUGUUGCACUUAUUCAAUAAAACUCUAAUGAAGAAAUUGCUUUUCUAUUGAUUUAGGAUUUAGUAAGUUAAUACAACAUGCUGUGACGAUGAGUGUUUUCAUAUAUUUGAAUAUUAAAGUCUUCACGCUUUGUUGUUAUUGUCUUUGC